AUGGAGCAGUCUCACUCACCUCAGCUGCCCCAGCAUACCUUGAAUAGCUUCCUGGUCUCCCCAUUCGUUGAAAUUGUCGUCGGCCAAGGAGAUGAUGAGACUGUCUUCAAGGCUCACCAGUCCCUCCUCCUCGAAUCACCUUUUCUCAAUGAGCUUGUCAAUCACUUUGAAAGCACGGGCCCUCGACGCAUCGUGCUUCCCACCGAGAAUGUCGAGGCGUUUGGUUGUUUCUUAGAAUUUCAAUACACUCGCGACUACACCAUCUCCCAAAACGAGACCGGCCUCACAAAUGGGUCAGAUGAUGGAGGGGAGCAAUUGCUCCAUCAUGCGCGUAUCUACACACUGGCCGAGAAGCUGGGCUUGCCUCAUCUGAAGAGUCUCGCUCAUAAAAAAAUACACAAAGUGAAUGGAACUCCAGGCGGCGAGUUGGCCUAUGCCCGCUAUGUCUACACGCAGACCAAACCCGACGAUAGUACAAUCCGAAGACCCGUCGCUUCGUACUGGGCCUCCCGUGGCCAUAUCCUGCGUCAUGAUCUGGAGGACCAGUUUAAAAAGUUCUGUAUCGAGGUGCCGGAGUUCGCCUUUGAUGUGCUGACCAUCGUGAUGGAUCGCAAUGAAAAAAACACCGAGCUCGAGUCGAGCAUUCGUGGUAGUGCUAGGAAGCGUCCUCGAGGUGACAAGUAA